AUGUUAUUUUCCAAAAACACUUCCAGCGGCAUGGGAUGGAGCACCCCCGCGACCAUCCCCCCGAAGGUUCUUUUCAAAGACUUCAACAAGUCUACGAAGGACCUUUUAACCAAAAACUUCUCCGCGCCUGGGUCGUGGAAGGUGGAAUCCAAGUUCAAAGGCGUGAAGGACGCGCUGUUUGUCAACCCCCAGGCGACCUCCGAUGGCGCCAUCUCCGUUGAUGCCGAGUACGCCCUCUCAAAGCACCCCGUCUCCGCGAAGUUGAACCUCUCGCCGCACUUCCAGGACAACGCGAAGCUCACGCUGAGCUGGGCCGACAAGGGCCACAAGCUCGAGUCCGUCCUGCACAAGAAGAAGGGGAACGUCGUGGACUACGAGAUCACCCACGAGGCCAGUGGGGCCGUUAAGUUUCUGACCACGCACGAAAAGAUCACGCAGAAGGCGGUAGAGGUCGGGGUAGGGGUCGAGGUCGUACCGAACUGCUUCCUGGGCGCGGGCUCCGUCUACAAAUUGAAGGAAAGAAACUAUGAGUGGAGCGCGGGCUGCCGCUGGGCCGAUAAGGGCUACGAGGUCGCCUUGUUCACAAAGCAUAAUAAAGUCCACACCGCCAACGUGGUCUUACCCAUCAACUUUAACUUUGGUGAUAGGAGGAUGUGGACUCAGAUCGCUGCGGAGACGAGCUACAAUACCUCAAAGAAGGUGCUCAACUACACGGUCGGUGUUUCUGCCGACUGCCCAGUCUUCAAUAUGAACUUCAUGAAGGCGAAGUUUGAUCAGAACCUCAAGUGGGUCAUUGCGUACGUUAUGCGUACAGAAAAUAACUGGGAGGUGUCGGUUUCUAUCGAUAAGGAUCUACGUUGCGGUGUGUUGCUUUCACAUAGCUAA